GGCGCCGGUUACCACAAUCUUGGCAACACAUGCUUCAUGAACAGCGUACUACAGGCUCUUGCGCACACGCCGCCUCUGGCGGAGUUCCGGCUGGGUCGACAGGAGGAUAGCCACGAGUUCCUGCGCUGCCUGCUGGAUGCUAUGCACGAGGCGUGUCUGAAGCGUUUCAAGCCCAAGCCGCCUCCGGAGCUCGCCGCCACCACAUUUGUGUACCGUAUCUUCGGUGGCCGGCUGCGCAGCCAGAUUGAAUGCGAAGGCGUGGAUUAUGUCAGUCGCACGUACGACCCCUUCCUAGACCUUAGCCUGGAGAUCAACCGCGCACAGUCCUUGGAGCGCGCCCUCUCUGCGUUCACGGCACCCGAGGUACUGGAUGGGCCCAACAAGUACCGCUGUCCCAAGAAUAACAAACUGGUCCGCGCAGUGAAGCGAAUCAGCGUGGAGGAGGCGCCAAACGUGCUGACGGUGCACUUCAAGCGCUUCGAGUACGGUGGAUUCGGAGCCAAGAUUAACAAGAAGGUGGAUUUUGGAACACAGCUGGAUCUGCGACCGUACAUGAGCAACGUUAAGGGGCCCCAACAGCUGUACGAACUGUACGGAGUGCUCGUGCAUCACGGUUACUCGGUCAACAGCGGGCACUACAUCUGCUACGUCAAGGCAGCUAAUGGUCUCUGGCACGUAUGCGAUGACCACCGGGUUACUGCAGUGGGGGAGCGCACGGUCCUGGACCAGCGAGCCUACAUACUGUUUUACGUCCGC